UCCAGCAGGAGCAAGCGAGCGGAGCGUCAUAAAGGAUUUGUGAUGCAGGCUCGCAAAGGAUUGCUCGCAUUCUGUGAAGACAAUGAUCUUGUGCAUGCGAACGUCGCUCUAGAGCUGGUGAAUGAGGAAUGGGUCAGUGAAGCAUGGUCCUGUGACGAGGAUGGUGUCAACAGCCAGGAGUGGAGGGACAGACUUGCCGCAGUGCAACCCUGUCAGCUGACAGACGCCGAGCGCCUGGACGAGAACUUGGAUGUCUGGGAGAUCAAGCGUCUCAUCUAUGAUCAGUUCUGGCAUCGACUGAAAAAGUGGCGUGCCGAGAGACCCAGACAGCAAAGCAAGCCAGAGAAGAAGCAUUUCAACCUCGGUCGAACCUCCGAUCGCAUGCCCACUAACAUUCCAUUUGGUUUCAUGGUUGACAAGGAGUGGAAGCGAAACGAGCUCCCAAAGUGGGACGAGGCCUACUGGAAACGUGAGAGCACCUGGCCUCCUUCCUUGGGCGAGCGCGCAGAUCAAAUAGCCAAGUCGCUCAUUGCGCCGAUUGCCCCUUUGAACUAGCAAACCACAGUCUACCUGUUGAGUAGCU